UCAUAGACAAGGAGGAGAGAAGCCAUGAAACGAGCAGCUGUCACUGCUGACAGCUGAAACGACCCCAUAAGCCCAUACUUUUCUAUAUAAGCCGUUGCUUCUCUCUGUUUCUCUUGGAAAAGAUCGUCCACGGUUCUCGUUUCUUUUCAUUUCUUUAUUUAUUUACCAUUCUUUCUUCGUUUUUCUCAACAAAUCUUCGCCCACCAACUCCUCUCCUCGUUUCUCUGCUUUUCGUCAGAACCUCUUUCCAUUCUCGACCCGUCCGUCAAACCUGAGUUUUCCAAGCCAUUUAUUGAGUUUCUUUCUUCUUUGUUGUUUUGAUUGUUGACUUUGUUUGUGGAGAAAUAUGAUUUCUUCAAUUAAACAAUCAACUGGGUCUUUCACUCGUUGCGAUUUCUUGCCCAGAAGGCAGCGGUGUGUGGCGAAAUCGGAUGUUGUUUCAGUGCCCAGUUCUGCAAAUGUGCAGGGGUUUAAGUGUUCUGCAAAACCCUUGUACAUUUGUUCGGUUGAAGGGUUUGGGUCCAGAUCAAUUGGUUCCAAGUCCAGUAGCGUUUGCAGGGCUUAUGAGGCGGAACGAUCGCAGCCUUUGGACCUCAACAUUGAACUUUCGGACCAGGAGGCGCGAUCGGAGGCUGCCCAGAAGCUUAAGAUUGGUAUUUAUUUUGCGACUUGGUGGGCUCUGAAUGUGGUGUUCAAUAUAUACAACAAGAAGGUUUUGAACGCUUUUCCUUAUCCUUGGCUCACCUCAACUCUGUCGCUCGCAACUGGGUCGCUGAUGAUGUUGAUCUCCUGGGCUGUGAGGAUCGCUGAACCGCCCAAGACCGAUUUGGACUUCUGGAAAACCCUCUUUCCUGUUGCAGUAGCUCAUACAAUUGGUCAUGUAGCAGCAACUGUUAGCAUGUCAAAAGUUGCAGUUUCCUUCACCCACAUCAUCAAGAGUGGUGAGCCUGCUUUCAGUGUCUUGGUUUCAAGGUUUCUCUUAGGCGAGACCUUUCCGGUGCCGGUCUACUUCUCACUUCUGCCAAUUAUUGGAGGCUGCGCACUGGCUGCUGUCACUGAACUCAACUUCAAUAUGACUGGGUUUAUGGGGGCUAUGAUUUCAAAUCUGGCAUUUGUGUUCCGGAACAUAUUCUCAAAGAGAGGGAUGAAGGGGAAGUCUGUUGGGGGAAUGAACUACUAUGCCUGUCUUUCCAUGUUGUCUCUCUUGAUUCUCACACCUUUCGCCAUUGCUGUGGAAGGGCCCCAGAUGUGGGCGGCUGGCUGGCAAAAAGCUAUCUCUCAGAUUGGACCAAAUUUCAUAUGGUGGGUGGCGGCUCAGAGUGUCUUCUAUCACUUGUAUAAUCAGGUAUCAUACAUGUCCCUGGAUCAGAUCUCUCCCUUGACGUUUAGCAUAGGAAACACGAUGAAGCGGAUUUCUGUCAUAGUCUCCUCCAUAAUCAUCUUCCAUACACCUGUUCAACCCAUCAAUGCCCUUGGAGCUGCCAUUGCAAUCCUUGGAACGUUUCUCUAUUCGCAGUCAGCGUCGCCAGAGAAAUCAAGGAAGAAGAAAAUGAGUAGUCGACCAGUGCCGAGGAGAGAGAGCCCAUGGGGAACACCAGAGGGAGAACAUCGUCAACCCAAGGCCCAUCGCUGCAACGAUCGCGCCGAGGAUGUUAUUCAAGUUUUGGUUGAUUUUGUAGAAAUGGGCUCUGUUGUGUUUGUUUCAGCAGGAAAUAAUAUUAGCAGGGCUUGUUUUGAAGGAAACCCAUUUAAGACAGUACCAGGUCCUUUCAAGCUCUUCUGGCAGUGCAUGCGUUCCAAACCUGGGGAGGAACCAACUGAUCCAUUUCACUAUCUACAACUAGAUCCCCCAAAGCGAGAAGUGCAGCUUGAUAUAUUUAUUUGGAUGGUAUGUAACUUGGGUUUCACAGCCAUGAACAUGUCUUGUCUUCACAAAGUUUUCUUUCUUUCGCAGUUCCUGCUCUCAAUUGUCUCAGUAUCAUGCCUCAUUGAAACCCUGAAACAGAAUCUGGGUGGUGAUCCUUCUCUAUUUCCCAGCAACUUCCUCUUUGGGACUGCAUCUUCUUCUUAUCAGUUUGAAGGUGCAUUUCUGAAUGAUGGUAAAGGUUUGAACAAUUGGGAUGUUUUCUCUCAUGAACCAGGUAACAUAAGGGAUGGCAGUACUGGAGAUAUUGCUGUGGAUCAUUAUCAUCGUUACUUGGAAGACAUAGAUCUAAUGGUCUCUCUUGGAGUCAACAGCUACCGAUUCUCAAUUUCAUGGGCAAGAAUUCUACCCGAAGGGAGAUUUGGAGAAGUGAAUGCAGCUGGGAUUGACUACUAUAACAAGCUCAUUGAUGCUCUUGUGCUCAAAGGGUUGGAACCAUUUGUAACAUUGACUCACUUCGACAUUCCCCAAGAACUUGAGGAUACAUUUGGAGGUUGGCUGAGUCCCAAAUUACAGGAGGAGUUUAGAUACUAUGCAGACAUCUGCUUCAAAACCUUUGGAGACAGGGUGAAGUACUGGGUUACCUUCAAUGAACCUAACAUCCAAGUUACAGCUGGUUACCGUAGUGGCAGCUAUCCACCAUCUCGCUGCUCGAGCUCUUAUGGCAACUGUACCUAUGGGGACUCAGAGAAGGAACCCUUUGUUGCAGCCCAUAACAUCAUCCUAUCUCAUGCUACAGUUGUUGAUAUAUACAGAAGACAAUACCAGGAAAAACAAGGAGGUAGCAUUGGGAUUGUAUUGCAUGCUAAGUGGAUUGAACCCUUCAGCAACUCCACAGCAGACAAGUUAGCUGCUGAUAGAGCUCAAUCCUUCUUUAUGAACUGGUUCUUGGACCCAAUUAUAUUUGGAAGAUAUCCUGAAGAGAUGAAUACAAUUCUUGGAUCCAUUUUACCAGAAUUUUCAUGCAACGAUAGGAAGAAACUGAAUAAGGCAUUAGAUUUCAUUGGCAUCAACCACUACACUAGCUUGUACGCCCAGGACUGCAUUUUCUCCUUGUGUGAACCUGGAAAAGGAGCCUCCAGGACAGAAGGAUUCUGUCGACAAACUCCAGAAAAGGAUGGUGUCUCCAUUGGAGAAUCAACUGCAUUGGCCUGGCUCCAUGUUUACCCACAAGGAAUGGAGAAAAUGGUUACCUAUGUAAAAGAGAGAUACAGUGGUAUACCCAUGUUCAUUACAGAAAAUGGGUACGUUGAUGAGAAUGAUCCUAAUUCCACCAUUGAAGAAUUUCUUUAUGAUGUCAAAAGAGUGGAGUACAUGGCUGCCUACUUAGAUGCACUAUCGACAGCUGUAAGAAAAGGAGCAGAUGUGAGGGGGUAUUUUGCCUGGUCCUUGCUUGACAACUUCGAGUGGACAUACGGAUAUACAAAAAGGUUUGGGCUACACCAUGUUGAUUAUGGCACACUGAAGAGAACUCCAAAAUUAUCAGCUACUUGGUACAAAUUAUUCAUUGCAAGGUACAGCUUAGUCAAAACCCUAAUUGUCAAAGAACAAUAAAGAAUAUUGCCAAUAUUAGAGAAUCCCUAAUGUUUUUGCCAAAUCUUGUAUGAAGCUAAAAGAAACAAAAAUAUGGCUGUAAAUGGAUUAUUGUAAUAUUAUUCGCUUUCAUGUUUGAUAUCAUAUGCUAGUCAUCCAUCCUUGUAUGCAACUCCAUUAGGCUUCAAAUCCAAAGGAUAUGUUUGGCAUUAUGAUUGGGGCCUGCAUUUUAGGAGCUUAUGACAGCAAAAGCUAAAGGUAAACUUCCGCUCAAUGAGAUAGGCCAGCCAGAAGUAUGGUAUUGGAUCUUUUAAGCAACUGUGACAAGAGGAACUUACCUCAAUUUUGGUGAAGAAAAUACUGAAAUUUGUACUUGACCCUGAUUCUUCUGCCUCCUAUCAGCAAAAUUAUUCCAUUUCUCACAUCCACCAUGGAGAUCCAGCCUUGUAAAAGUGCUCUCCAUCAUCCCAAGAAAUCUGGCAUGCCUGAAGACCAAUAGCAACUCCAGGUUCCUUUCCAUGCUGUGCAAUCCACUCUGCAACUGCUGUUUCUCUAUCAUUCUCUGUUGUAUAUUUUUUCUUGUAUUUUCCAAAUGGGUUAAGUCCAGGACUUGUGAUCUCUGCAAUUGCAGCUGGCAUGUACAUCGAGUCGCCCACUAUAGGUGCACCACAGGCAGCCAAUUGUGCUCGAAUCUGCAUCAUAUGACUACUUGUCAACGGAGGAAUAGUUUGAGUCUCCAAAUAGCGCAGUUACUGAUAUACGUAAGAAAAGGAUUUCUUUUUUUUCUUCUC